ACAUUUGAAGGCAUGUGAUCACGCGCAUAACUAUCUAACACAAUUAUCGUAUUAUUUAUUAUUAUCUGUUUUAUGGAUAUGUAUACUCGGAAUUGUGGGUGGUUAAAUCUGUGACCUAAUCGCGAGCGUUAAAUAACGUUGAAAAAAUGGAUAGACAAAAUGGUGAACACACAGAAUGCUUCAAGCAACGGUUAGAACAUAGCUGUCCAGGUCGUGUAAAGAUUCUUAAAGAACUGAUCUCACAAGAUGUUCCAGUGAACAACGGGGAAGCCUUGCUGUAUAUGAGUGCAUACAGCAAGUAUCAGAUUGCGCUGCCAAGUAGUAAAUUGUUCCCCAGAAGCUUCCACGAUGCCAUGCUUGAGGCGUUAGUAGACCGUGACAUGCUCGACGAUCUGGAACAGGAGCGGAUCAUCAACUGGUGUAGAACAACUAAGAAGUUGUAUCCGCUGAAAACAACAGGUGAUGGCAACUGCUUACUGCAUGCAGUAUCACAAGCCAUGUGGGGAAUGGAGGACUCAAACAGCUGGUUGAGACGACUUCUCUACCUAAACAUUGCAAUGGAUCCUGGUCGACAGUUCAACAAAAGAUGGCUGUUUAACGAACGCGUAGAUUUCGGUGCAUCCCAAGUUGAGUUCAGGUUGAACACUGAGGAACACAAUUUGGAAUGGGAGAAAGUGAAGAAAGGGACAGAUGACUCAGAGUCAUCCCACGGCCUCCCCUAUGAGACACUAGAGGCCAUCCACCUGUAUGUUGCCGCAAACACCCUUCGACGAGCUAUCAUCGUGCUUGCGGACACCAGGGCAAGGAACGUAUUCAACCAGGAGAUUCAGGAGAGUCACAUUGGCGGGAUUUAUCUCCCUUUGGGAGUUCCACCGUCUCACUGUCAUAAAAGCCCACUUGUUUUGGCCUAUCAUCGGAACCAUUUUGCGCCACUCGUGUUUGAGAAGGCGUCAGAUUCAGAUGACCUUUACCAGGGUGUUGCCAUCGUCUCCAAGGACAUUAGUAUGUUGCCAUGUAGAUUCUUGUUACCCGGAGAGCAGAAUCGAGUCGAGCAGUUCCUGAAAGAGUAUUUGAACGUGAGGACUGUCGUUACUAACGGCAUAGAAAUCCCUGUUACAGUUCUGAACCAUACUCCAUUGCCGGAACAGGUAAAUCUUGUGGAUUCUUACGGGCAGGACUGCAGAGAGAUCUACCAGCGUAUCCUGAAUCCUCAACCACCACCAAACGUUGCAGUGCACCCAUUUCAAUUCCAGUAUCAAACUAAUCGACAAGGUCAGAAUGUGGUAAACAUAAUUCCAGCGGGAGGUUUGAACCUUCCGCAGGAUUUUGGCAUGGCCAACCAGUUGGGGCCUUUCAUGAGACAACAAGAACUGGAACGAUGCUGUACCCAUGGCUGCGUAUACUUAGCUGACCCUUCUCUGAAUGGUCUAUGCUCUAAGUGUUUCAAGGAUUUCACCAUCCAGUAUGCUAAACAAGAGGAGAUUAAACGGAAGAUAGAGGCAGGUCUUUUGCCAGAACUGGAGAGGCCUAUGUACUGGGGCGUUCAGGGACCCCCAGUUAGACAUGAACCAUAUGAGGAUAUUUCAAUGGUGAACGAAAACUGCCAAGGUGGCUGUGGUUUCUUUUGCUCCAAAAACACGUACCCUUUCUGCCAUGAGUGCUACCCAAAAUUUGUAGGAACUUUGAAUGCCCAAGGACAUUACCAGAUAACCACAAAUCCUGUUGCUGAAAAUGAGGCUGCAGUUGGGAACUCGCCACACGGUCUUGACCCAGAGUUCUUUUCGCUGAUGCCAGAUAGGUGUGCGUCUCCACAUUGUCAGUUCAGAUGCUCUAAGGCCACUGCUCCCUAUUGUCACGAGUGCUAUGAAAGGAACCGCCCACCGGUUUUAGCUCCGCCCACUGCUCCCCCACUCUCCGGACCCUUAGUUCCAAAUACUGGCCCUUUGGUACCAAAUAUUGGCCCCUUCGGUUUGAAAUCUGGUCCCUUUGUUUCAAACGCAAGCCGUCUGGUUCAGAACCCAGGCAAUGUUCAUAGAACUGCAAGUCAACAUGGUGAAGAUAUGGAGGAGACACAAGUGGUGUCUUUGAAAGAUAGAAACAUGAGGCCGUUCAGUCAGGUUAAGCAAUUAGAACAAUCCACUCAUGCAGUAGCAUCUACAAGUCAAAUGGGUGCAGUGUAUGGUGAUACAGACAAAGUUUGUAAGACCCAAAACUGUAAUAAAAAAGCUGAGAUAGCUAACAAUGGAUACUGCGACAAAUGUUACGAACUGAAUUACUUUCCAGCGCAUGGAAGACCGAUUGAUUUCUGUCAAUCGAAAUGUUCCGGAACGUUUUGCCCCAACAUGGCGCACACAAACGGUCAGUGUUCAAACUGCUUCCUUAAUAGACCCCAGCCAGGUUUGAAUAUAGUUCAACCUCCCGAACUGAAGAUCCUGAACAGCGAAUCGCAGUCACGUUCAAAUUCUCUGCCACCAAGCUUACGGUCCUUACCUGCUGAACACGAUGAGAGAGAAGAGCAUCGAAAUUCAGCACCAACUGCACUGGAACUACAGGAGAGUAAGUUGGCAAAGUAUGACCACAGAAAGCGUAUCUGCUCUACACCGGGUUGUCAAGGGUUACGGGAUCCAGGUAACACGCAUGACUUGUGUUAUCAAUGCAACGAGCUAGCUAAUGAACGAAAUACUCCAAUGUGGAGUCCGUUAGAUGAGAACCAACUGGAAGUCUCGAGUCCGUUAGAAGAGAAUCAGCUAGAGGUCUCUUGCACGCCGGUGCAGUUGACGAAAGAACAAGAAAGGGAGCUUAAUCCAAUCAACCUGAGCUCUAAGGACAAGGUCAAGUGUUUGUACCCUGCCUGCAAAAAUAUGAUCUACCCUCCUCGGAAACUUUGUUCAGAAUGUACGGAAGACAUUGAGAAGGCGAAGAGCAUUAAAAGCAGAAAUCUUAGCAGAAAUCUGGCAUUGCAAACUUCAGAAAAUGGUGAUAUUCAGAGAUGUAAGACCGCUGGAUGUGCGUUCUAUGCAGCCCCCCAGUUUGGAGGACUGUGCUCUUCAUGCCAUAAGGGAACCACAAGCAGUAAUCGAAAGCACAUGACUGAAGUUCUGCAACAGACUCCAAAGGAAGUACCAAAGGCCCGCCCUUUCACAGAAUCAUUAAGCCGUGCACAAAGGUGUGUCCAGAAAGGAUGCGAACGUUACGGCGAUCCAAAGCAGGAAAACCGGUGCUCGCAACAUUAUCUGGAAGCGAAGGCACGAUUUCCUCCGGAUUUCACGCAAGAAAAACUUCAGGAGCUCCAUAAAAUACAGAAGGCAAGUGGAGCUGCUCAGCUGGGGUUGUCAGUUCAUGCUGGUUACCAGGCAACCAGGCCACCUGUACAUGCACAGACUACUGAAGGAUAUGCGGACGAAUUCCAGAAUGCAUAUGCAAGGGUGGAAAAUAGUAGGAAGAUUAAUAAAAAGUGUGCAAAUUUUACAUUGACAGGGUGUGAUAAUUUUGGCAAUCCAGCAAAUGAAGGGUAUUGUAAUUCUUGUGCGAAGAAUGGGAAACUUUUCAUGCGAUCUUAAAUGUAUGGAUAUGUGACAGUAGAACAAUUAAUUUAUUAAAAAAACAAGUCACACAGUUUAAAGCUGGAAUUCAUUCAAAUUGUGUGUAAAGUGUAAAAUACAUGCUUAUUAAUAAGUGCACAUAUAUUUUAUGUGUGGUGUUUGUAUAGACGGCGGGAUGUUAUGUAAAUAUCAACAUUGUUACAUCUAAAGAUGUUUUAGUAUUUUGUGAUACUAAAUUGUGAUGUCCAUGAAGACCGUAACCAGAAAUGUAUAUAUGUUGAACUUAUUUAUAUAUCAUUUUGCUUAUUUCAUUUUCAUAAGUUUAAUUAAUUGUACUGUCAAUAUUUAUAGUACAGAUGUAUGAACAUGUAUCACCUUGUAGGAUGGUUUCUUUGAUAAAAUGACACAUGUACUGUGUUUGCGGCAAGUACAGCCGUUAAAAAAUGAAAAUGUAUAUUUAUUGUUAAGAUUUUCUUUUUAAAGUUCGAAAUGUUUAUGUGUUUUGUUUUCUACUUUACAUUUAAAAAAGUUAUAAGGUGCCACAGACUAAACUAUCCCAUACUUUUUUUAUAUGGAAUACAAAUUUAUUAAUAGAAAAAUCACUCAGCUUCACAACCAUGUACUCUUUUUUUCCUUUCAAAAAUAUCAGGAUUGUUUAGUUUGGGUUGCGUUAUAGCUUUUGCCUUGUAUAUAUUUAUUUAUUUUUUGUUUUAUUAUUUAUAUCAUUGUUUUUUUAUUUACAAGUUAAAGAGUGACAUGCACAAUUAUGUCAGAAAUGUUCACAUUUUGAAUUGAUUAUUGACCAAGUUAUAACAUAACUCAAAAGUAGUGAAACGUCUAUUGUGAGUUGUUUGUCUUAUAAAACAAAGAUGAGUGCCAUACGUUUUGCAAUAUAGUUUUGAGUAUGAGUAAUGUUUCAAAACUUUAAAGAUGGUCUUGAUAACUAUUUGUAACAAGUGGGAAAAAUCAAUAUUUGUGUUUAUGAGUGAAUUUAUAAGAGAUUUCUUUAAUCCUGAAUAGGAUUUACUAAUUUAAUUAACACAUUUGUUAAUGGUCAGUGUCAAUAGUCAGUAUCUUAUUAUAGCUUUUCAUCCUCUAAUGUUGUCUCCUUUGUUAUGAUUAUUUUUUACAAUUGUUGCUUUUGUUGUUGUUGUUAUAGCGGUGGAUUUAAAGUUAUAUAUCACAUGUAUAUCAAAAGUUGUUACAAAAUGUAAUCAUUUGUUCUUUUUCUGCGCUAACAUGUGAAACGUUGUAUUACGUGAACAAGCCUACAGCAUUCAAUAUCUUCACCAAAGCAUGCCAUAAUUGCACCAAGGACUGGUUUUACCCAGAAACAUUUUUCCUAAUAACAAGGAAAAUAAUAUAAGAAGAAAAUGAUAAUUAUUUCUAGAUGCGCAGCAGAAAUACACUGCACGAGAUCAAUCUUCCAAAUAGAAGUUUUGUUUUAAAUACUUCAAACACGUUUGUUCUGCUAUAUGUAAAUUGCCCAUAUGCAAAAUAUUCUUUUAAAUACAUGUUUGUAUCAUAUAUGUUUUCAAAUAUAUGUUUAGUGAGUUCUAUAUAUUUGUUUUGUUUACCAACUCUGUAAAUAGAGAAGUUCAAUGUAUUUGUUGUUAAUUUAGAAUGAUUGAAACAUAAACAAUUAUAAAUACUUUUAUGUAAAAUUGUUGAUAACUCAUUUACUUAUAUUGUUUGUAUGAUCACAGAACUGCGUCAUGUGAUAUUUAAUGUUAUUUUAGGAAAAGUUUCUAUGUACGAGGUGUAAAAGACUGUAAGGUACCAAGUGACAUAGGGACGGAUCCAGGUGUACCUGGGCGUGGAGGGAAUGUUAAAGUGAAGUGACAUCCUAACAGUCAUUAUGCCGAUCAUUCGUUCGAUCGUUCUUUCAUGUAUGCAUGCAUGAGUUGACAAUGAACCAACUAUCAUUUUCUUAUCUUUAAACAUAUAUUUGCAUAAUUGAACUAUUCUAUAUGAAAACUAGGUACCCGGUAGUUCCGAAUAUAAUUGUUUAGGUGAGCAAUAUGAAUUGAAUAUAAAUUAGUUGGGCCGAUUGCGUUCGUUUACAAAUAAUACGCUUCAUGGUAUUUGUACAUGUGAGCAAGUGUAUGUGAAAUAAGAUAAGCGUUAUGACAUAUUCAUUUGUGUUAAACAUGGGUGCCUAUGCCAGUUGACCUGGAACUUAACAUUUGUAUGGCGACACUAAAAUACUUUUCUAUUUUUCAAUCAAGGAUGCCCUCUGGUACACCAUAGGACAUAAUUACCCCCGCCUGGCCCCCACCCCGGUAACCCGAGGGCAGUAUUCCCCCGGAAACACAUCCCACAUGGUAAACCCGAGUACAGUAUUUCCCCGGACACCCCCUUGUGACACCCGAUGACAGUAUUCCCCCAGACACACAAACACACAUCCUGGUAAACCCGAGGACAGUAUUCCCCCGUAUCCCCCCCCCCAUGAUACACCCUAGGACAGUAUUCCGCCGAAUAUUUACCCCGUGGUACACCCGAGGACAGUAUUCCCCCAGACCCCUCCCCCCUGGUACACCCGAGGACAGUAUUCUCCCGGACACUCCCGCCCCUGGUACACCCGAGGACAGUAUUCCCCCGGACCCUCCCCCCCCCUGGUACACCCGAGGACAGUUUUCCCCCGGACAUUUUCCCCUUUGUAAACCCGAGGACAGUAUUCCGCCGGACAUUGCCUCCCUUGGUACACCCGAUGACUGUAUUCUCACGGACAUUACCUCUCUUGGUACACCAAAGGACAUAAUCCCCUACCCCCCCACCCGCCUGGACCAAUCGGUAAAAUGUUACACCUAUAAUAUGGAUUUGAUUAUUUGGUGUGAAAGUUUGUCUGAUACUGUUUACAAGCCGCGACUGUUAAAAGACUUCCCGAUGAAAAGAAGUAUAAUGGUGUUGGACACUGUAAGGAAUUGUACAUAAUUAAAUCGUAACACAAUGUGAUAUGGGUGAGCCUUAUUCUAAGAAGACCCAAACCCAGUUUGCAAUAGAAAUAAAUAUAUUGAUGAAAUAUGUUACCGGUAUUAUUUUACAAUAAACCAAGGGGCGGGGGUGGGGGCUUUUGUCCGGAGGGUGAUAUUACAUCCAAGGGUACCUUGCCCGUACAUCUGGAGCCCUGGUUGUUACUGUCUGGGUUCUUACUCAAAUUAUAUAUCGUGCUUUUUAUGUAUCGGUGUUUAAUCAUCAAUUAACACAGCUAUCAUUUGGUUUGAAAUGGGAGUUUUAAGGUAUCAUUGUUGUAUGUGAUAUAUUGUUCAUCAUGGAAAUAUGUAUACACAUGUCAUGUACUGGUGAUACAUUUGCGUAUAUUUUCCCUAAAGACGCAAAAGUAUGUGUAGGUUGGUUUAUAAGGUUUGUUUAUUUGUAAUGAUUGUUAUAUUCUGAAUGAUGUGUUUAUAGUAUUAAACCAUUUUAACACGUUCACCGAAAACAAUAACAUGUUUUUAUACUUUACUUUACACACAUUUCAUGCGGUGAAUA